AUGUUAAAAAAAUAUUCGUGGGUCGAAAUUUCAAAACAUAAUAAUGAGAGUGACUGUUGGGUAGUUGUUAAUGGUAUUGUUUAUGAUGUUACUAAAUGGUUACCUUGUCAUCCAGGUGGUAAAGAUGCUAUUUUACUAUCUGCUGGUAAUGAUAUAACUAAUUUGUUUGAAUCAUACCAUCCAUUUACAAACACACCCAAUAGUUAUUUAAAACAAUAUGAAAUUGGUGAAAUCUCAGUAUAUGAGCACCCAAAAUUUGUAGAAAAGAGUAAAUUUUAUUCAGUGUUAAAGGAAAGAGUAAGAAAGCAUUUUAAAGAUACCAAUCAAGAUCCAAAAAUUUCAAUAGGUAUUUUAUCUCGUUUAGCUUUAGUAUAUCUUUUGAUAUUUGUUUUUUAUUAUUUUGCACAUUUAUACAGCACAAAUUUCUUUUUCAAUUGUAUAAUGUCAUUUUGUUUUUCUAUUAGCAUGUCCUUAUUGUCUCUUCAUAUGAUGCACGAUAGUUGCCAUUUUGCUCUUACCCACAGCCCCAUAUUGUGGAAGCUCUUUGGUGCUACUUAUGACUUAUUUGUCGGUGCUUCUUUCUUUUAUUGGUCAAACCAACAUGUUGUGGGCCAUCAUGUUUAUACUAAUAUUAGAAAUGCUGAUCCAGAUAUCGGGGACAGUGAAGUCGAGUUUAGAAUUGUAACACCAUAUCAGCACCGUUAUUCUAUUUACCGUUUUCAACAUAUAUAUGCACCUCUUCUCUAUGGUUUAUACUCGAUAAAAUACCGUUUGUGUGACUAUACAGCUUUUAUUGAUGGUUAUAUAGGAAGAAUACGUUGUAAGAGACCCACUAGUUUCGAUAUAGGAGCAUUUAUAAUUGGAAAAAUAUUUUUCCUUUAUACUAGAUUUUAUUUACCUCUUCAAAUUCAUAGUUUUUCAAAUUAUAUUGUUUAUUUCUUUAUUGCGGAGUAUUUCUUUGGGGCAUAUUUAUCAUUUGGUUUUCAAGUAAGCCACUCUGCAGAUGAAUUAAAAAUUUCCGCCACACCAAGAUUACCAGAAGAACAGGUAGAAAUAGGGGAAGAUUGGGCUAUUCAUCAACUUAAAACCACAUUAGAUUAUGGUGCAGAUUCAUUACUAUGCCAUUUUUUCUCUGGAGGUGUAAAUUUGCAGGUAAUCCAUCACUUAUUCCCUUCUUUAAAUCAAGAGUAUUAUCCACAAAUUGUUCCAAUAGUGGAGCAGCUCUGUAAAGAAUUCAAUCUAAAGUAUAACUAUAAAGAUACUUUCACAGAAGCAUUAGUUUCUCAUAUUAAAUUUUUAUAUAAAAUGGGGAAUGAUCCAAAUUAUAUUCGUAAACCCUAUACAAAAAACGAUUAA